AGAAUGUUCAUUCAGUAUAUAAGACAGCAUUAAGGAAACAGCACAUAGAAACUGCCAAAGCAAACUGCAAACCUCUCUCAGCAGCAUCUCACAAGACAUAGACAGAAGACUGAGGAAAACUUUAAGAUCAAAAUGUAUCUUGCAAUUGCCAUACAACUCAGCAUUAUCUGCAUCAUCCAAGCAUCUGCUCAGCAAGAUAGCAAAUCCUGUGGAGGCUGUUGUACUGCUCCUGCUGGGAUUCCUGGGAUUCCAGGAAGCCAUGGUGCCCCUGGUGUUCCCGGUCCAGUAGGCAUGAAAGGAGAUAUGGGAUGGAAAGGAGACAAGGGAAACGCAGGAUCAGAUGGGAGAGAUGGGCCUCCAGGUGUACAAGGACCAAUCGGUCGACCAGGUGUUCCUGGUGUGAAAGGGGAAAGAGGAGAGAAAGGUGAACAAGGUCUCACAAACAGCCAACCUAGAUCUGCAUUCUCAGUUGGAUUCUCAGCAAAUCCAGGACGUCUAACCGUUGGUCCAAUGAAAUAUUCAAAUAUUAUUACAAACGUGGGGAGUAACUACAACCAAGGCACAGGGAAGUUUGUCUGUGCACAUCCAGGCACUUAUGUCUUCCAGUUUACAUCAGGGUCAGCUAGCACCGGUAACAUUGCAACAAGCAUCAUGAAGAAUGGGCAACGCAUUCUCUCUGCAUAUGAGAGUGGUUCAAGCUAUAAAUCAGCCACCAACAUGGUGGUUCUUGAAUUAGCAGCAUAUGAUGAAGUGUGGACUCAGCCUCUGUCAACCAGCUAUAACUAUUACUAUAGUAAUGGCAACAUUUACUGUUCUUUUUCAGGCUUCCUGCUUUAUUCAACUUCAUAAGCUAAUAAUUAAAUUGUUGUUCCAAACAAGGACACAAAUUAAAAAAUGUUUAGUUUUACUUUUUUUAAAUGAUUUUUAAAUAAAGUAGUAUUACCAGUAAAGUAUUUCUUAUAUAUGAAACUAGCAAAAAACAUUCCAAUUAUGUCAAUUAAAUGUGAUAUAAGAUUACACAUUAAGAAUAACAUUAUGUCAAACAUUACAAGUGGAACUCCUUUGCUUCUAAUGAAAAUGAUACUGUGUAUAGAUUAUAGUAGUAUAAUGAUUAGGCAAGUUUUAUUAUUGGUAUAAAAUAGCUUAUAAUGCUACAAGUAUAGUGCAAGGUACAGCAAUAAUGCAACCUAAAGUGCAACUAGUUCAUCAUAUUUGACUAAAUGUUUUCCUGGGAUUAUGUUACUUGGAAUUUUCCAUUAUUAUUGCAGAAUGAAUAAAAGAACCAUCUGUUGGCGCA